UCUAACGUUUCGCUAGGUCGCUAGGAGGAUGCGUAACAUCUAAGGAGAGGUCUAGUCAACGCGUUACCGUAGCAACGGGAUCUGGCGUAAAGCUACAAGCAGGAAAACGAAAUCAUGCUAACCGCUUUCUCAUUCUUUGCUUUAUUUGAUUGAUUCUUCUGCAGAUUUGUAGUUAUUAAUGUCACGAUAAUAAACGGAGCUGGAUUUGUCUCACCAAGAAACUACAGAAUGAGAUUCAAAACAUCUCUGCUGAAGGAGCCGAAGCAUAAAGAACUGGUCAGUUGUGUGGGCUGGAUAACAGCUGAUGAAGUCUACUCCUGUAGUGAAGACCAUCAGAUUUUAAAAUGGAACCUGCUCACGAACGAAACCAGUGUGGUAGUGAAGCUGCAGGAGGACAUCUACCCCAUCGAUCUGCACUGGUUUCCCAAGACUGUAGCUGGGAAGAAGCAAGCUCUGGCAGAGAUCUUCGCCCUCACCAGUACUGAUGGUAAGUUCCACUUGCUGUCUAAGACGGGACGCAUCGACAAGAGCGUGGAGGCCCAUCGAGGAGCCGUGCUGGCGAGUCGCUGGAACUAUGAUGGAACUGCUCUUGUCACAGCUGGUGAGGAUGGGCAAAUCAAGAUCUGGUCUAAAAGUGGGAUGCUGAGAUCCACUUUGGCUCAACAAGGAUGUCCCGUGUACUCCGUGGCUUGGGGUCCAGACUCGGACCGGAUACUUCACACCUUUGGCCGGCAGCUCAUUAUCAAACCUCUGCAGCCCAGCUCCAAAUCUCUGCAGUGGAAAGGUCACGAGGGCAUCAUUUUAAAGGUGGACUGGAAUUCUGUGAACGAUCUCAUUCUGUCUGGAGGUGAAGACUGUAAAUAUAAGGUGUGGGACAGUUACGGACGGCCCCUCUACUCGUCCUCCCCCCACGACUACCCUGUCACCUCUGUGGCCUGGGCUCCUGACGGCGAGGUGUUUGCUAUGGGUUCCUUCAACACCCUCCGACUGUGUGACAGGACUGGGUGGUCGUAUGCACUGGAGAAGCCAAACACAGGCAGUGUGUUCAGCCUGGCCUGGUCUGCUGAUGGCACUCAGUUGGCAGGAGCAUGCGGGAACGGCCAGGUCAUCUUCGCUCACAUCGUGGAGCAGCGUUGGGAAUGGAAGAACUUCGAGAUCACUGUCACUAAAAGACGCGCCAUGCAGGUGAGGAACGUGCUGAACGAUGCAGUGGACACCUUGGAGUUCAGAGAUCGGGUAAUCAAAGCAUCACUAUCUCACGGUCACCUGGUUGUGGCCACCGCUCUGCAGUGUUUAGUCUACAGCGCUAAAAACUGGAACACGCCGCUGAUAUUUGACCUGAAGGAGGGCACAGUGAGCCUGAUCCUCCAGGCAGAGAGGCAUUUCCUAUUGGUGGAUGGAGGAGGCAUCUACGUGUACUCGUAUGAAGGGCGUCUGGUCUCUGCUCCAAAGUUCCCAGGCAUGAGGACGGAUAUUCUGAACACACAGACCGUCUCACUGAGCAAUGAUACCAUCGCUGUACGAGACAAGACUGAUGAGAAAGUCAUCUAUUUGUUUGACGCUCAAACUGGAAAGCCAAUUGGUGAUGGCAAGCCUUUAACCCACAAGAUGGAGGUCAUGGAAAUCGCCCUUGACCAGUGCGGAGCCUCUAACGACAGGAAGAUCGCCUUGAUUGACAAGAACAACGACCUUUAUCUGACCUCCGUGCGCAGACUGGGCAGAGAGCAGAGCAUCCACAAGAUAGGCUCUAUGGUUCACACCAUGGCCUGGAAUGAUUCAGCCAACAUCCUGUGUGGAAUCCAAGACAACCAGUUCACUGUGUGGUACUACCCUAGUGCUGUGUUUGUAGACAAGGACCUGCUACCCAACACACUCUUCACCAAAGAUGCCAGCGAGUUCAGCAGAGCUCCACAUAUCCAGAACUACACCGGUACUCAGGUGACAGUGAGGCGAGCUGAUGGCUCGUUGGUGUACAGCGGCGUACCACCCUACCCCACCAUGCUGCACGAGUACGCGAGCUCCGCGCGCUGGGAGGAGGCUAUCCAUCUGUGCCGCUUCGCAAAGGAUCAGGCCCUGUGGGCGUGUCUGGCUGGAAUGGCAAUGGCCAACAGAGAGCUUAACGCAGCUGAGACAGCUUACGCAGCCAUCCGAGAGGUGGAUAAAGUGCAGUAUAUAAAAUUCAUAAAGGAUUUGCCCUCUAAGGAAUCAUCUCUAGCUCAUAUACUACUCUUCAGCGGACAAGUGCAAGAAGCCGAAGCUACAUUACUACAAGCAGGUCUCGUAUACCAGGCCAUUCAGAUCCAUAUUGACCUCUUCAACUGGGACAGAGCCCUAGAACUGGCAGUGAAGCACAAAACACAUGUGGACACCGUCCUCGCUCACAGACAGAAGUUCCUGCAAGACUUUGGCAAAGAAGAAACCAACAAACGUUUCCUGCAGUACUCUGAAGGGGUGGAGGUGGAUUGGGAGAAGAUCCAGUCCAAGAUUGAGAUGGAGCUAGCCAAAGAGAGAGAGCGGUCAGCCAACUCUUCAGUCAGAAGCAGCGUGGCCUCUCACCGCUGAAAAACAGACAUUACCCAGCAUGCCCUGCAGAACCGAUGUUCUCACUGCUGACUUGAGAUUAGAAUCCUGGAGUAGGACUAUUUUGAAUAAGUAACUUCUUGGUCAUUCAGAGUAAUGCAACAGAUAUCUAUUUUUGCUUCCAUCAUGUAAAUAAGGGUGUAAUAAUUAAGCCCUAAUUUGUUUUUAAGUAUAUUUUGUAUGCAAUCAUUCAUACAGAUGAAACAAAAGGCCUUAUUUAAUGAUGUGUAAAAGCUGUUUAAUAAAUAUACACAUCGAAUCAAGUGUAUCUUGGCUUCUGGAAUAAGUAGAAAUAUGAAUAGAAACUUAUGAGACUCACAAGACUGUCCAUCACCUCCAUGAUUCAUUCUCCUUAAACCUUUCGCUCGUUUCACCCCUGUUGUUGUUAAGCCUUCAUUUGUCACAUAUAAAUUACUGCACGGUUUUGGGGUCAGAGCCCAGUUAAGGGCCCUGCUUAAUGGCCCAACAAUGGAAACCUGGUGGAGCUGGCACUUGAACCGCGGACUUUUCAAUCAGUAACUUACCAUAGUGCCUUAGCCCUUUGAGCUACCACUGUCCUGGUGAUUACACUAAAUGUUGGUCGCCAGCUCUGCCAAGUGCGGUUUGUUAGUUCCACAUAGUUCGCUAUGACUACAUCACAGCCACAACAGCACUCCUUUUCUUGUGAUAUUGUUUAACUGCGCAUGGGGUUCUCAGAAGCAAGAUAAUAAUUUGUUAUUUAAUGCAAUAAACCUUUGAGUCAGAA